ACGUGUUGAGCUGUUCUCCUCUCUCUCAUUCACUUGUCAGUUCUCACUCAUCGUCAUCUCUUCUCGACUUCUCCCCAUUCUGGAGCUCCGCACUGCCAUUUGCGUCGCACAGACUGGAGUGGGGGUUGUGGGCGAGAUCGAUCGGCAUUGGAGCUGGAGUUAGAGCUUUGGUGCUCAAAAGGUGGAGAGCCCCAGGAAUAGUGUGUGUGUGCAGUGAGCAGAGAGACCAGGGUUUGCUAUUUUGGGAAGAGGAAAGGUGUGAGCUCCGCCGGUGGUGUGGGUGGAGUUGGCCGUUGAUGGCGCCGUGGAGCGGCUUGUGGGCCGGCCUUGCCGGCGGCGACGCCUACCGCGGCACGCCGGUCAUCGUCAAGAUGGAGAAUCCCAACUGGUCCAUUUCCGAGGUCGACGGUGGCGAGGAUUUCUUGCCCGGACCAGGCGGGCGGCGGCGGAGGGGGAAGAACGCGAAGCAGAUCACGUGGGUGCUGCUCCUGAAGGCCCACCGCGCCGCCGGUUGCCUGGCGUGGCUUGCCUCCGCCGCAGUCACGCUCGGCUGCGCCGCGCGGCGCCGCGUCGCCGCUGGGCGGACGGACUCCGAUGCCAACCAGGGGGAAUGCGAGGGUGAGGAGGAGGAGGCGGCCCACGCGGUGCGGCGGUCCCGGUUCUACGCGUUCAUCAAAGCCUGUCUCCUGAUGUCCGUUUUCCUCCUCGCCGUCGAGGUCGCCGCCCACUCCAACGGCCGGGGGGCCCUCGCCGUCUUCGCUGCCUCGUUCUACGCGUCGUGGGUACGCGUCCGCGCCGCCUACUUGGCCCCGCCGCUCCAGCUGCUCGCCGACGCCUGCGUCGUGCUCUUCCUUGUCCAGAGCGCUGACCGGCUCGUCCAGAGCCUUGGCUGCUUCUACAUCCUGCUCAAGCGCAUCAAGCCCAAGCCCAUCUCUCCAGCAUUGCCCGAUGCGGAGGACCCCGACGCCGGCUAUUACCCCAUGGUGCUCGUCCAGAUACCAAUGUGCAACGAGAAAGAGGUGUAUCAGCAGUCGAUUGCGACGGUCUGCAAUUUAGAUUGGCCAAGGUCCAGCCUCCUUGUACAGGUGCUGGACGACUCCGAUGACCCGACAACGCAGGCGUUGAUCAAAGAGGAGGUGGAGAAGUGGCGGCAGAACGGGGCGCGCAUUGUGUACCGCCACCGUGUGCUUAGGGAGGGCUACAAGGCCGGCAACCUCAAGUCGGCAAUGACCUGCAGCUAUGUCAAGGACUACGAGUAUGUCGCCAUCUUUGAUGCCGAUUUCCAGCCGUACCCUGACUUCCUGAAGCGAACCGUGCCACAUUUUAAGGACAAUGAGGAUCUGGGCCUUGUUCAAGCCAGAUGGUCAUUUGUGAACAAGGACGAGAACCUAUUGACACGCUUGCAGAACAUUAACUUGUGCUUCCACUUUGAGGUGGAGCAGCAGGUGAACGGUGUGUUCAUCAACUUCUUCGGGUUCAAUGGCACAGCUGGGGUGUGGAGGAUCAAGGCCCUGGAGGACUCAGGAGGGUGGAUGGAGCGAACAACGGUGGAGGACAUGGACAUUGCUGUUCGUGCACACCUGAAGGGCUGGAAGUUUGUCUUUCUGAACGAUGUCGAGUGCCAAUGUGAAUUACCAGAGUCAUACGAGGCUUACCGGAAGCAACAGCACCGGUGGCAUUCGGGGCCAAUGCAGCUGUUUAGGUUAUGCUUGCUGGACAUCAUUCAAUGCAAGAUUGCAUUCUGGAAGAAGGCCAACCUGAUAUUUCUUUUCUUCCUGCUCCGCAAGCUCAUCUUGCCUUUCUAUUCCUUCACGCUCUUCUGUAUCAUCCUCCCAAUGACAAUGUUUGUGCCUGAAGCUGAGCUUCCCAAUUGGGUCGUGUGCUACAUCCCUGCGCUGAUGUCCUUCUUAAACAUCGUCCCCGCACCGAAAUCGUUCCCAUUUAUCAUCCCAUACCUUCUCUUCGAGAACACCAUGUCUGUAACCAAGUUCAAUGCCAUGAUCUCCGGGCUGUUCCAGCUGGGAAGCGCAUACGAGUGGGUCGUGACCAAGAAAUCAGGUCGAUCGUCAGAGGGUGAUCUCACUGCCUCGGCGCCAAAGGGGCUGAAGCAACUAAAGGCUGGCUCCAUGCCAGUCAUUGAUGCAGUAAUCAAGGAGAAAUCCAAUCCCAAAGAGAAGCCCAAGAAGUACAACCGAAUAUACAAGAAGGAGCUUGCCCUCUCACUGCUUCUCCUUACCGCUGCGGCUCGGAGCUUGCUGUCGAAACAAGGGAUCCACUUCUACUUCCUGCUGUUCCAGGGCAUCUCGUUCUUGCUGGUCGGACUCGACCUCAUUGGCGAGGACAUCAAAUAAACAGACUGUAGCGUAGACAUAGAGGGUAAAUUGUUUUCUAACCAACAACCUACGGACCGUGUAUGUGCUUACAAACUUCUGUCAUCGAGGAGCGUAGGAGCUAGGAACUGGAAGGUCCGGAAGCGAAAAUGUGUGGCUCUGUGCAGUUAGCGGGUUCUUAGAACAGUGUAUGUAGAUUGUGUGUAGAUCCUUUUCGAAAAAGGUUAUGUGUAGAUAUAUGUUGUAGCAAUCACCUUCUUGGCCUGUGAAUCUUCCUAACUGUUGCAUGCCAUUCAUAUUCUUUUGUAACAUGUAUGUCGUCAAUGUUCAGGCUGGAAUUUACAUCCGAA